AUUCAUGGCCCACCACACAAUUUCUAUUUCCAGAUGCGGCCCUCAGGCCAAAAAGUUUGCCCAUUCCUGAUCUAGCCCAAUAUCCUGUCUUCCAUCAGUAGCCGGUGCCAGAUAUUUCAGAAUGAAUGACCUGAACAGGGCAAUUAUCAAAUGAUCCAUCCCUUGUUGUCCAGUCCCUGCUCCUGGCCACCAGAAGUUUGACUCAGAGCAUAGAGCUGUAGCUCUAACCACCUUAGCUAGUUGCCAUUGAUGGACCUACCCUCCAUUAACUUAUCUAAUUUUUUUUGAGCCCAGUUAUACUUUUGGCCUUCACAUCACUCCCAUCAAUGAGUUCAAGAGGUAUUUCUUUUUGUUUGUUUUAAACCUGCUGCCUAUUAAUUUUAUUGGGCAACACCUGGUUCUUUAUGAUUUGUGAAGGGGUAAAUAACACUCCCCUCUUCACUUUCUCCAUACCAUUCAUGAUUUUAUAGCCACCAUAUCCCGCCUUAGUCAGCUCUUUUCUAAACUGAACAGUCCCAGUCUUUUUAAACUCGCCUCAUACAGAAGCUGUUCCCUACCCCAACCAUUUGUGUUGCCCUGCUCUGUACUUUCCACAGCUCUAAUAUAGCUCUGGCUGGCUGGGAUGGCCAGAACGCCACACAGUGCUCAAACUGUGGGCAUCCAAUGGAUUUAUGCUAUUUUCCUACUGUCUAGCCCUUUCCUAAUGACCCCUAACGUUCGCUUAGCUUUUCGGAUGGCUCCUGCACUCUGCACGGGCGCCCGUUCUACACACCCCAACGUGCAACAGAUUCAUUGCUGUUAAUUUUAAGAGGGUCACAGGCACGGCCAUGAAACAAGCCGCCUUCCAUAGUGGAGCCUUAGCUGGAGCCCCGGAGAGCGGCGCCCGGACAUGCCCGGCCCGAGACGCACGUGCCCAAGCACAUCCGCGAACUUACACAAGAGCAGCGGCAGUGCCCGUAGCCAGCCGCUCUCGCCAAGUCCCGCGAGAAGAAGCCUUCUCCGCGAGACUUCCGUUCUCCCCUCCCCCUCUGCUGCUUGGGCUGCUGGCGGCAGCCGCGGCUUCAAGCUCUUUCCGGUUCUGCGGCAGCCUGCGCGCGCCGGGGUCGGGCUGACUGCGAGGCCAGAGCCAAUGGAGGGCACGGGGCCCCCCACGCCCCGGGGAGCCUGUACCGAAGCGGGCCCCGCCGCGGGAAGCGAUGUAGCGGGGCCCGGCCCGCUGACGGGAGACCCAGAGGAGCUGAAGCAGGGAUCGGUGUUAUUUCUUGGAGGUAACGAAGUAAAAAGCAGUGCUGUGGUGAAAUACUCGUCUGCCCCACCACAAGCAGCAUUUGCCCGUCUUCAAGAAAAGACUGAUUUGAAACUUCCACCUGCCAAUUGGUUACGUGAAAGCGCCAAAUUGGGACCAGCAGGAACAACCAUUCUUGGCAACAGCAAGAAGAGCAAACUGUUUUCAAGCUUUGGCAUGGCAUAUGACUUCAUUGACUCAGUUGGAAAUGAUGUGGAUGUUGUGUCCGAUUCUGAGAACAUUAAAAAACUUCUGAAGAUACCGUACAGCAAGUCACAUGUGAGCAUGGCAGUACACCGUAUUGGACGAACCCUUUUACUGGACGAGCUAGAUAUUCAUGAGCUCUUCAUGAGAUCAUCUCAGACAGGGGACUGGACGUGGCUAAAAGAGUUCUAUCAAAGACUAAUAGAUCAGAAGUGGCAAAGAAAGAAGAAGAGUAAAGAACACUGGUACCAGAAGGCUAUACUUUCCAAGUUUUUAUAUUACAGCAUUAAUGGUGAUGGAGCUGCUCAGCCAGUUUCUUCCACUGCAGAACAGCAUCAUGAAGAUCCAGCUCCUGAUGAGAGUGAUGAAGCAGGAAGAGCUUCCUGGCCAGCCCCUUUUGAAAUGAUGUCUUCAGUAUCUGAAGAUCCAGGUUCUUCUAAUCAGGGAAGUGUGCCUCUUGAACCCUCAUAUGUAGUGGGGCAUGUGGCCUCAGCCCCCAAAGAACAAAACCUGAGCACUUUGUUCAAUGACGGGGAAAACAGUCAGGGACUUAAAAAUGACUUUGUUCGGAACAUCUUGUGGACCUUUGAAGAUAUUCACAUGUUAGUAGGAUCAAAUAUGCCUAUAUUUGGAGGUGGAAGAUACCCUGCUGUGAGUUUGCGUCUCAGGGAUAACAACAAGCCAAUAAACGUGUUAACAGGAAUCGACUAUUGGUUGGACAACUUAAUAUGUAAUGUCCCAGAGCUUGUGAUGUGUUUUCAUGUUAAUGGAAUUGUUCAGAAAUAUGAAAUGAUCAAGACUGAAGAUAUUCCCAAUUUGGAAAACUCCAAUUUUUCUACCAAAGUGAUAAAGGAUAUUGCUCAAAAUAUCCUAUCUUUUCUGAAAUCUAACUGCACCAAAGAAGGACAUACUUACUGGCUAUUUAAAGCAAGUGGAAGCGAUAUAGUAAAGCUCUAUGACCUCACGACUCUUUGUGAAGAAACCGAAGAUAAAUACCAAAACCCUUUCACAAUGCCAGUGGCAGUUCUCUUGUAUAAAGUUGCCUGCAAUAUGAUGAUGAAAAAAAACCAGAACAGGAAACACUAUGGCACCAUUAGAACAUUGCUCCUUAAUUGCGUUAAGUUAUUGGAUAAAGCCAGACAUCCACAAAUUAUUGCUUCAGCGAAUUACAUGCUCUCAGAACUCUUCCAGUUAGAUGAGCCGAAAAAAGAAGGUGCAGAGUUUCCUUUAAAUGGGAACUCUGAUGAAAGUUAUAGUGAAGAGGAAGAAGAAAUGCCGGAUAGCGAUGAAAAUGGUUCCUACAGCACCAGCUCCGAUCCGCCAGAUGACAACAAAGCAGUAGCUGUAAUCAAAUCUGUUGGAGAGUUAUCGGUACCAGAAAAAUAUAAAUCUAUUCACCAAAUACGACCUAGUUGUGCAUUUCCUGUUUGCCAUGACACUGAGGAACGGUGUAGACUUGUGCUCAGCUAUGUUCUAGAGGGCUUGAAAUCUGUUGACAGCAGCAUUAAAAAAGACGGUGACCUUCCUGCAGCCGACCCCAAUACCCCAAUCCCAUUAAAAUAUGAAGAUGAAUCCACAAGUGGUGGUCCUGAGUGUCUGGAAAAACAGAUGGCUUUGUUUUUAGACAAAAUGGGCUCAUUUCAAAAGGAUAAACAUUCCAGUCAAUCAGGAAUGAUUCCUGGAUCCUGGCAGUAUAAAAUGAAACUCCAGCUGAUUCUGAAGUCAUCGAAGGCUUAUUAUGUUCUAUCUGAUGCUGCUAUGAGUCUUCAGAAAUAUGGAAGAGCAUUACGAUACAUUAAAUUAGCUUUACAGUGCCAUGAUACUUACUGCUGCCUCUGCACCAAUAUGCCUGCUGAAGUGCUACUGUUUCUUUGUCAAUGUUUAACCCUUUGUGGUGAUAUCCAGCUAAUGCUUGCCCAGAAUGCAAAUAACAGAGCUGCGUAUCUUGAAGAACAUAACUACCAAACAAAAGAAGAUCAUGAAAUAUUGCACAGUCUUCAUAGAGACUCCAGCUGCCAAGUAUUUGCGUGGGCCACUGACUUGUCUACAGACUUGGAAUGUCAGCUUUUGGUUAGCUGCAAAUGCUAUGAGGCAGCUAAUGAAAUCUUGCUUUUUAGUAACUUAAAAAAACAAAAUCCAGAGCAGCAUACACAAGUCCUGAAGAGGAUGGGUAACGUCAGAAAUGAAAUUGGAGUAUUUUACAUGAACCAGGCUGCUGCAGUGCAGACUGAGAGAGUGGGCAACAAAAGUGUAUCUACAGCAGAGCAGCAACUGUGGAAGAAAAGCUUCUCUUGCUUUGAAGAAGGGAUUCAUAAUUUUGAGUCAAUUGAUGAUGCAACCAAUUCUGCCCUUCUUUUAUGUAACACUGGAAGACUGAUGCGAAUUUGUGCUCAAGCACAUUGUGCUGCUGGAGGAGAUUUCAAGCGAGAAUUUUCCCCAGAAGAGGCCCUUUACUAUAAUAAGGCUAUUGAUUACUAUCUGAGGGCUUUAAGAUCACUGGGCAAAAGAGAGAUGCAUCCAGCUGUUUGGGAUUCUGUGAACUGGGAACUGUCCACUACCUAUUUCACUAUGGCAACUUUGCAGCAGGAUUAUGCACCAUUAUCUAGAAAGGCUCAGGAACAGAUAGAGAAGGAAGUUAGUGAGGCCAUGAUGAAAUCUUUGAAAUACUGUGAUAUUGAUACAGAGUCUGCACGACAACCUCUCUGCCAGUAUCGGGCUGCAACUAUUCAUCACAGACUGGCUUCCAUGUAUCAUAGUUGCUUGAGAAACCAGGUUGGUGAUGAGCAUCUAAGGAAACAGCAUCGAGUACUAGCUGAACUUCAUUACAGUAAAGCAGUGAAGCUUUUUCAGCUCCUAAAGGAUGCACCCUGUGAGCUCCUUCGUGUGCAGUUGGAAAGAGUAGCAUUUUCAGAGUUUCAAAUGGCAAGUCAAAACAGUAGUGCUGGGAAAUUAAAGACUCUAUCUGGGGCUCUAGACAUAUUGAUAAAGACCCAGUGUGCAUUUCAGCUGAUCAGAAAGGAGCUUUUAGCUGAAUGUGAACAGAUAAAUGAGGAUGUCAAAAGUAAUGAUGAGAAGACACCACCUGGCGACUCCUCUUCUAACCUUAAUAAAGAUGAAGUAAUAAAACUCCUCAGUAUAUUUGAAUCUCGAUUGUCAUUCCUCCUCCUCCAAUCAAUUAAAUUGCUAACGUCAACAAAAAAGAAAAUUGGUGGCAGUAAUGAAGAGGAGGAAGUUCUUAAGACCAACAAGCAAGUUUACUCCCUUUUAUUGCGUGCAACUGCCAACAAAAAUGUGACUCUGCUAGCAAGAAUAGAAGUCAUUUUAAAUUUGCUGGAGCAGCUGAUUCAGAACAGUGAUGCCGAUAAAACAGGAAUUCGGUGACUUACUAAAUAUAAAUCUGCUACAGAUAGCAGAAAUAUCAGUGCCUUGUUUAAACAUGGGAUCAGUGGUUUUGUCCCAUAUGGUGCUUAGUUUUAUUGAAGCUGAGGUAAGCAUUGCCUAUUUAUAACAUGGUACAGCUGGGAAAGAACAGGAGUUCAUCGCUAUCCCAUGAAAGCUCAAUUAUGAUUUGGUUAUUAAUGUUUUUAUAUUUGUGAAGUGCUAAAAUUGAAAUCUAGAGGUAACACUUCCAAUCUUUAACAUUUGAGAAAUACAAAGUUGAUUUCUCUGAAAAGCAGUGGGCUUUGCAGUGAUGCAAAAUAAAAUGUUUAGCAUAAAAUGUAAUCUGUUACACUUGGAUCAGUUUGAUAUUUUUUGUAUAAAAUGUUACUUCAUAAGCAAAGUGGUAUUGGAAGACUUUUUCCAGUAAUGUUAACUGAAACUGUACAAAGAAAUUUCCCUUAUAUAUGCAAACAUAUUUCCUUUUAAACUACAGUUAAUACCAUGCACAAAAAUAAAUGUGUGCCUUUUUAGCUUCAAUACAAGAUUUUUCACAGAUAUUAGCCUUUGCUGGAAUGUCCUUUUCACCACAGAGUGAAAUGGGUUUAGCUGUAUUUUGAUUUUUUUGAUCAGGAAUAGUAUUAUCCUCUCCUUCAAACUUGAAACUGUGAAUAAAUGAUAAAGCAUAUUUUAAAUAAAUUUAAUUUAUUGAAACUAGAACAUA